AUGAAAUAAAAUUGUAAACAAUUGAAGACUAAGAAUGCACAAACUAUAUAUAAUGUUUUCUGCAGUGUAGGUAUUGCUCUCAAUUAUGAUUUUAGUAUAAUAAUUGAUCCAGAAUAAAAGCGAACUAUGAAAAAUUAAUUAAGUCUCAAAGAGAGCACGGCAAUCUAAGCAGAGAUGGUAUUGACUUAGCAAUAAUGA